AUGAGCAAUUUGUGGAGUGUGUCUGGGGCAUGUGGCGGCUGUAGAGAGGAGCAGGAGACUGACCUGGACGAGGUGUCAGCGGGUCAGGGCGUCCUCCUCCGCAUGAAUGUGUUGGACGAAUCAGGUCUAGACACUCAGCAGCUUGUUGAUCUGAUCAACAAUGAGCCAAUGGGAAGGAGCCACUUGAUCCAGGAAGAUAGGAUCAAGGAGGAGAUGCUCAUCCUCAACGAACCAAUCACGUUCAGCUACCCAACAGCUUGGGGAAUGGACCAAUGGGAAGGUGCCAUUUGA